AUGGGGAGCCCCCGUGAGAUGGAUCAUGUGCCUGCGCCCGUGAUCCUCCGCCUGCCCCCCGGGCCGCCCCCACCAACGCCCAGAAGGCCUCCGGGGGCCCCCCGGGGGCCCCUCGAGGGGGCCCCCCGGGGCCCCCCUGAGGGGGCCCCCAGGGGCCCCUAUUCCUUUGGGGGCUCUGGGCCCUGUGUGCGGGGCAGCGCGGGGGAGUUCUUUGGGUCCUCGGGGGGCCCCCAGGGGUUGAACGUGGGGGGCCCCCCAGGGGGCCCCCCAGGGGGCCCCCCAGGGGGCCCCCCGGGGGGCCCCCCCCGUCGUUCGGGCUUCAGUGAUAGGCCAUCGGGGGGCCCCCUGAUCCUCCCGCGGCCGCACUUCAGGGCAGCGGGAGAGGGGGGCCCCCCCCCUGCGCCGGACCGUGAGGGGCCCCGCUUCAGUACCCAUCCUUAUUACAGGAAGCCCGCAGGAGAACCAAAGGAGGGGCCCCACGGGGGCCCCCCGGGGGGCCCCUACGGGGGCUUUGUAGGGGGCCUCAGCAGAAACAGUUCUCCCGCGGCCUUCCUGAGAGGCCCUGGGGGCCCUGCAGACUCUGGGGGCCCCCGGGGCCCCGGGGGCCCCGGGGGCCCCGGGGGCCCCCGUCUUUGGCCCUCAGAGGGUAGUGAGGGGGCACUACACUCCUACCGGGGCCCCCCGCCCCGCGUUGCUUACCCCCGCUGCAGCAGCAGCAGGAGCCGCAGCAGCAGCAAAAGCACCAUCAGCUGCAGCAGCAGAACAGACCUUCCGCCUUGGCCGCAGCCGCUGCUGCAGCACUUCGAGGACCCUGAGUUCCAAGAAGGGGGGCCCCGCUUCGGGGGCCCCUCCCCUUUCAGGGGGCCCCCCAGAGGGCACAGGUACCCUGUUCCUAGACCCCCCCCGGGGGGCCCCCCGAGGGGCCCCCCCCCUCCCCCGGAGGACCGGGGGGCCCCCUGGGGCCCCCCGGGGGCCCCCCACAGGGCUUGGGGAGAUGGCAGGGUGACCAGUGGUCAGGGCUGGUCCUGCAGCGCCCCCGCUGCUGCUGCUUCGCACCCUCCACGCAGCAGCAGCAGCAGCAGCAGCAGCAGCAGCAAUAGCUCUCGGCAAAACGCGGCCGUUAAGACAUACGGCAAGCGUGAGAACAGCAGCAACUUCAGCAGCAGCAGCAGCAGCAGCAGCAGCUACGGGCUGAAGCGGCUGCACUGCACAAGCUACCCAUCGCCUCCCCCAGAGCCCCCCCAGUAUGCUGCAGCAGUGACAGCAGCAGCAGCAGCUGCUGCUGCUGCUGCACUUGCAAGAAAGGCUCGAGCAGCACAGCAAGAAGCAGAGGCAGACAACUGCCGCCAGCAGCAGCAGCAACAGCAACUGCUGCUGCAGCAGCAUCUCCAGCAGCAGCUGCGAGAGCAGCAGCUGCGAGAGCAGCAGCUGCGACAGCAGCAGGACAACAGGGAAAGGCAGCAGCAGCUGCUGCAACAGGAGCAGCAGCUGCAUCAGCAGCGUCAGGACGAGAAUCAAAAAGAACACAGGCUGCAGCAGCAACUCAAAGAAGAGCAGCUGCAGCAGCAGAAACUGCAGGAGCUGCAUCAGCAAAAGCUGCAGCGAGAAAAAGAGCAGCGGCAGCAGCAGCAGCAGCGGCAGCAGCAGCAGCUGGAACUGGAGCUACAGCUAGAAAAGAAGCUACAAGCUCUACAGGAGCAGCAGCUGCAGCAGAUGCGGCAGCAGCAGCAGCAGCACGAAGAGCAUCAGCAGCAACAGGAGAGGCAGCAGCAAACUCUACACGAGCAGCUGACGGAAGAGCAGCAGCAAAAAGAGAACGUGCAACAGCAGCAGCAGCAGCUGCAACAGCAACGGCAGCAGCAGUUAAAGCAUCAACAGGAAAAGCAGCAACAAAAGGAGCAGCAGCAAGAACUGGAGGAGAAGCAGAAGCAGCAGAAGGAACAAUUAUUGAAGCAGAAGCAGCAGCAGCAGGAGCAGCAGCAAAAGCAACAAAUGAAAGAGCAACAGCAACAGCAACUGGAGAAGCAGCAACGGCUGCAGCAACAAAAACAGCUGGAGCAGCAACAGCAGCAGCAAAAACAAACACUGGAGCAACAGGAACAGAUGCGACAGGAACAGCAGCAAAUGCAACAACAGGAGCAGCGGCAGCAGCAGCAACAGCAGCAGCAGCAGCCGCAGCAGCAGCCGCAGGAGCAGCCGCAGGAGCAGCAGAAAGAGCAGCAAGAAAAAGUCAAUGUGAAGCUGUGCAAGAGUGAGCAGCUGGAGACCCGCCAGAAACAGCAGCAAGAAGUGCAGCAGCAGCAGCAGCAGCCGGCCCAACUGCAGCAGGAAAAAGUGCAGCAGGCGCAGCUGCAACAGCAGCUGCUGCAGCUGCCGCAAAUAAACGAGCAGCACAAAAGUGCUGGGGAAACUCUGGAGAAAGAACACCGAGAAAAUGUACAGCAGCAACAGCAGCAGCAACAGCAGCAGCAACACCAGCAGCAGCCGCAGCAAGACCCACAACAGCAGUGCCCAGAACAGCUGCAGCAGCAGCAACGCGAGACGCAACAGCAGCAACAGCAGCAGCAGCAGCAACAGCAGCAGGAGCAUGCACGCAGCAGCACUUCUGCAGAAGCUCCCCAGACGCCGAAAUGCCCUACACAAGAAAAAGCGGGAGACUCUGCCGCGCAGCAGCAGCAGCAGCAGCAGCAGCAGCACAGCAGCAGCAGCAACAGCAGCAGUAAGAACGCUAAGCGGGUAAAUACUCCUGCGGAUGCAGUGAAUGGCGAAUGUGCGAGAAAACAAAAGCAGCAGCAGCCAGCCCAGCAGCAGCAGCAGCAGCAGCAGCUCGUGCAAGAGAAGCAGCAGCAAGAGCAGCAGCAGCAGCUGCGUCGGCCACAACAGCAAGAGCAGCAGCAGCAGCAACAAAAGCAACCGGGACAGCAGCAAGAGACACAGGAGAAACUGCAAACAAAAGAUUCACAGCAAAAAUUGCAAGACCAUCAGGAGCAGCAGCAGCAGAAGCCUCUUGUUCAGCAGCAGCAGCAGCAGCACGAGCAGCAGAAGCAGAAGCAGCAGGAUCAAGAGCAACAAAAGCAGAAGUCGCAGGAGCAGCAGGUGCAGCAGAAACUUCCAGAACAAAAGCAGCAGCAAAAGGUGCAAGAGCAGCAGCAGACGGAGAAGCCACAAGAACAGAAGGAGCAAGAACAGCAGCCGCAAAAACUGCAGCAGGAGAAGGAGCAGCAGCAGCAGCAGCAGCAGCAGCAACCGUGGUCGCAGAAGGUCUUGCCUGAGCAGCAAUGGCAGCAGCAAUUCAAGCAGAAGAUGAUGCAGCAGCAGCAGCGACAGCAACAACGCCGCGCCAAGGAGCCAACACAGCGGAAGCUACAGCGGCAGCAGCAGCAGCAGCAGCAGCAAAAGCAGCAGCAAAGAAAAAAGCGACUGCAGCAGCCCCAGCAGCAGGAGCACACGCAGCUGCAGCAGCCGCUGCAGACUCUGCAGCUGCAGGGAGCAACAGAAGGGCUCUGCGAAACACCAGGCGGGAGUAUAGUGGGCCUGCAGCAGCAGCAGCAGCAGCAGCAGCAGCAGCAGCAGCAGUUUAGGCUGCCUCAGGAGCGUCAGGUGCACGAGGCACUGCAGCAACCGCCCAGGCAGCAGCUGCAGCAAGACAAGCAUAUGCUGGGACAGCAGCAGCAGCUGCUGCAGCAAAGCAAGCAGCAGCAGCAGCAGGCGCACGUCCAGGCCAUUCAUGGAAGCCUGGCUGAGAGCGGCGCAGCAAGAAAUUCCGCUGCUCCUGCUGCUGCUGCUGCUGGCCCUGCUGCUGCUGCUGCUGCUGCUGCUCUCUACGGCCACUCAGCACAGCCAGCGACCGUUUCUUAUGAAUGCUGCAACCAUUUGUUUCUUCCUGCUGCACAGGCAUCUGCUGCUGUUCCUGUGUACCAAUACGAAGCAGCAGCAGCACAGCCAGCAGCAGCAGCAGCAAGAACCGCACUUGCUGCUGCCGCUGCUGCUUCUGCCAGUCGUUGCAGCCAGCAGCAGCAGCUACAGGACCAGCAGCAGCAACGCCACCAGCCACAGGCGCAGCAGCAGCAGCAGCCAGCUCCACAGUUCGUUUGCUCAGCGACUCCACAGCAGCAACAUGAGCAGCAGCAGCAAGUCCAGCAGCAGCCGGGAGCACAGCAGCAGCAGUUGCUGCUGCAGCUGCACCAACAACAGCUGCAGCAACAGCAGCUGCAGCAGCAACUGCAGCAGCAGCAGCUGCAGCAGCAGCAGCUGCAGCAGCAGCAGCAGCAUUUACUUUGCAAUGGGCCAGCGCUAGGGAGGCAGCAAGGAGGAACAGAAACCCUUUUUAGUUCCCCCAGGCAUUCUGAGAUGGCAGCAGACGAGGCUGGUGUCUUGGGCUCCUCGGGAGUUCCUGCUGCCUUUGCAGCAGCAGCAGCAGCUGCUGCUGCUGCUGCUGCUGCUGCUGCUGCAGCACAUGUGGGUGCAGUGAGCGCCAGAGGGCCUUCAGAACAAAGGGAGGACGGACUGUGCAGCACGCGGGGGGCCUCCAUGGAGCAGCAGAAACAGUUUUUGCUGCAGCAGCAGCAGCGGCAGCAGCAGCAGGCGCAGCUGCAGCAGCUGCAGCAGCUGCAGCGGGAGCAGCAGCAGGGCCACCAACAGGUGCUGCAGGCUGCCAUGGAUCGGCUGGAGCUGCUCAGAAAAGAAGAAAAGAGAGACAGCAAGCUGCUGCGUCUAGAUGCUUCGAAGCAGCUGCAGCAGCAGCAGCGUGUGCUGCUGCUGCUGCAGCAGCGAGCAAGGCGCAUGCAGAAGGAGCGCCAGGCGCUCAUGCUGCAGCUGCAGCACCACCUAAACUGCUACCAGCUGCAGCGGCAGCAGCUGCAGCAGCUGCAGCAGCAGUAUUUGCUGCAGGAACAGGCACAGCAGCAGCUUCAGCAGCAAAGCAAGCUGCAGCAGCAGCAAAACGCUCAUCCCAACCUGGAAGCGGUGUGGCAGCAGCAGCAGCAGCAGCCACUAGACAGGCUGAAGCACUCGCAGCAGCAGCGGCAGCUGCUGCAACGGCAUCGCGAGCAGCAGCAGCAGCAGCAGCAGCAAACCCUCCACAACCCCUAG